GGUCAAGGCUUGCACAGUCACGGCUCGCCCCAGAUAGAUAAGGCGACAGAGCGGACCGCCACGUCACACGUAGUACUUCGGCAUUGUUCAUAGAAUUUUGCAACCGCAAUGGCAAGAUCAGAGUUCAACUACAAAGCCCCAUUUAAAGUUACUGAAGAAAUGAAAGAAUCGUUUGACGAAAAAGGCUAUGUUCUUAUAAGGGGCCUUCUGGAGAAGGACGAACUACAGAAAAUCCAAUCAGUGUUUGAAGAUAACGAAGAAAUAAAAAGAAACUCCUUUGUUACUGAUGACAAUGAGGGGAGGAAAAGCCGCGUAACAAUUUGGAGUCAACCAGGAAAUGACGUCACAGGAAUGCUGUCCCGAAGUCAAAGAGUUGCCGGAACCUGCGCCGAACUGCUGGGAGGUGAGGUGUAUCACUACCACUCUAAACUGAUGAUGAAGGAGGCAAGGACUGGUGGCCGAUUUGUCUGGCAUCAGGAUUACGGGUACUGGUACAAAAACGGGAUCCUUUUCCCUGACAUGAUGAGUGUGUUUGUCGCCAUCGACAAGUGUGAGAAAGCUAAUGGAUGUUUACAGAUUCUGGAGGGUUCUCACAAGUGCGGCCGUAUCGAACACGGCAUGGUCGGAGGUCAGACAGGGGCGGAUGUAGACAGGGUGGAACAGCUCAAGUCAAGACUGCCUCUAAAAUAUGUGGAGUUGAAUGCAGGUGACGCUAUCUUCUUUCACUGCAACGUUCUCCACACCAGCAACGCCAAUCUGAGCGACAACAGACGCUGGGUGUUCAUCGCCUGCUACAACAAAGCCAGCAACGACCCCGUUGUCGAGCAUCACUUCCCUCGUUAUAACAAGCUGGAUAUCGUGAGCGAUACUGCAAUCCGUGAGUGCACCAACUUCACGAACAUGGAUGGCAAAGCGUUCAUGAACCCUGCUGACAACAAGACAAUCAAAGCUUCCAGAGGAUAGGGCUUCCCUAGAGAUGCUUCUACGUUGCUUCAUGACUACUACAUUGUUGCUUCAUGACUACUACAUUGUUGCUUCAUGGCUGCUACAUUGUUGCUUCAUGACUGCUACAUUGUUGCUUCAUGACUGCUACAUUGUUGCUUCAUGACUGCUACAUUAUUGCUUCAUGGUUGCUACAUUGUUGCUUCAUGACUGCUACAUUGUUGCUUCAUGGCUGCUACAUUGUUGCUUCAUGGCUGCUACAUUGUUGCUUCAUGACUGCUACAUAAUUGCUUCAUGACUGCUACAUUGUUGCUUCAUGACUGCUUCAUUGUUGCUUCAUGACUGCUACAUUGUUGCUUCAUGACUGCUUUAAUGUUGCUUCAAUACCGCUUCAUGACUGCUACAUUACUGCUUCAUGGCUGCUACAUUGUUGCUUCAUGACUGAUACAUUGUUGCUUUAUGACUGCUACAUUGUUGCUUUAUGACUGCUACAUUAUUGCUUCAUGAAUGCUUCCAUGAUGCUUCAUGACUGCUACAUUGUUGCUUCAUGACUGCUACAUUGUUGCUUCAUGACUGCUACAUUGUUUCUUCAUGACUGCUACAUUGUUGCUUCAUGAAUUCUUCAAUGCUGCUCCAUGACUGCUUCAAUGCUGAUUCAAUGCCGCUUUAUGAAUCCUUCUGCCGCUUAAUCUUCAUGAGGAUCAAAUAAUCAAAGUUUUAAUGAAAUGCAAUUAUCCGGGUGUCCGGUAAAUCGUUCAUUUUCAAACAUUUCCUCGCCAUAACACCCCUUGUGAUAUGUGCAUGGUGGAUGUAUUUACCCUUGACAUCAUGUCGAAUAAAGCCGGAAAUUGGUGUAGUGAG